AGAGUCGGGUUAGGUUGCCGCUGGUCGCCGACUCGCCGCGCCGUUUGGACGAGACUCGAGAGCGACGUUGCUGCGUCGAAGUUGUUCCGAGUUCUUCCCAGUUAUCCCCUCGUCUCCGUGUGUACGUGAAAAUGCCGGCAGUCUCGCCUUUGUACAAGUGGGCCCUCGGACUCGGCGCGGUGGGCGGCUCGAUAAUCUAUUACUACAGCACGCACGGCAACGUGCACGAGCCGUUGCGCGUCCACAACUCGUGGACGACGAAUUACACGCCUUCGGUGAAGUGGGACCACAACUGGGACAGACGGGAUCCAAAGAGCUUGGUGAAGCCGUUAAAGGUGAAGGAUGAGAACGAUGAGAACAAAUACAAUGAAAAGUUCGAGGCGAUGAAAGCAAAGGCUGUGCGACACGUACUCUUGAUUCGCCAUGGGCAGUAUCACACGGAUGGAAAGACAGACGCUGAGAGAGUGCUGACUGAACUUGGCAGAAAGCAGGCUGAAGUAACGGGAAAGAGGCUAGCGGAAAUAAACUUGCCGUACUCGCUCGUAGUGAGAUCUACGAUGACACGCGCUCAGGAGACUUCCAAAAUUAUAGAAAAGACUCUUGCAAACGUGCCAGUUGAGGAUGACAGCUUGUUAAUCGAAGGUGCGCCUAUACCUCCGGAACCGCCCAUUGGUCACUGGAAGUCUGAGAAACAUUUCUUCCAAGAUGGGCCUAGAAUAGAGGCAGCAUUUAGAAAGUAUUUUCAUCGUGCGGAACCUAGUCAGGAUCGUGAUUCUUAUACCGUUCUUGUAUGCCACGGGAACGUCAUCAGAUACUUUGUUUGUCGGGCGUUACAGUUUCCACCAGAAGCAUGGCUACGGAUAUGCUUGAAACAUGCAAGCAUCACCUGGCUCUGUAUUCUUCCCAGUGGUAGAGUUACCCUCUUUUGUCUAGGAGAUACAGGGCACAUGCUACCACAGGAUAUAACAUCUAGCUAAAAAUGCACGGCUUGUAUACGCGACGAUAUACGUAUAUAAAUGAUAUCUCAUUGAUAAGCAUAUGUACAAAUCGACGUACUCAUAUCAUCGCAGAGAUAAUGUUUUUCACAUGGCUUUUCACAUGGCUUUCACGUUGGAUGGAAUUGUGUGCAAUUGUACAGAUGUGCGGAAGAGAGGCUGAAUUUUUCUAAAAAUAUUUUUAAUAAAUAUGCUGAGAAAUGGAUACACAUCGACUAAAUAGAAUUUUAGAGAAAGUUAUUCCUGAAUAAUGCUUGUGUAACUUUUUUAAUAAAAGAAAUACUUCAUGCAUCUGAAUAUAUAUUAUA